AUGGUAGAUGCAGAGGACCCCCAACCUCCAUCUGAAGCCGAGGUGGCCGGCACUCCCCCGAAGGCGGAAGUGAAGGAGGAGGAGGAUGCCGGCGAACCAGCAACCGCUGCCCCUGCUGCCGCCCCGGUGCUGGACACCUACACCAACCGGGAGCUGAAGCACCUGGAGCGCGAGAGGUCGGGCGAGGUGCAGGCGCACUAUGUCAUCAACGACGGCAGCCCCCUGUCGGGCAGGCUGCUGAUCGGGUUGAAGAAUGUGUUCUCCAAGUGCCUCCCAAACAUGCCCAAGGAGUACAUCACCCGCCUCGUGUCCGUCGUCAUCACCCGGAACAACACUUCAAUCAUUGCUGGCAUCACCUACCGCCCAUUUCACAGCCAAAGGUUUGCCGAGAUCGCCUUCUGCGCCGUGGCCCAGAGCCUGCAGGUGUCGGGCUUCGGCACACGCCUCAUGAGCUGGACCAAGCUGCAUGCACGGGACCAGGAUGGGUGCCAGUAUUUUCUUACAUACGCCGACAACAAUGCGGUGGGCUACUUCUCCAAGCAGGGCUUCUCCAAGACCAUCAGCAUGGAGAAGGAGAGGUGGCACGGCUUCAUCAAGGACUACGACGGCGGGACGCUGAUGGAGUGCCACAUCCACCCCACCCUGCCCUUCACAGACUUUGCCGGCAUGGUGCUGCAUCACAAAGCCGCGCUGGAGGCCCAGGUCCGAAAGUACACCAAGGGCCACGUGCAAUACCCUGGGCUGGACUUCUGGAGGUCGGGACCUGCGGUCCUCCCCAUCUCCGACAUCCCAGGCGUGCGAGAAUCCGGCUGGACCGAGGCGUCUGCAGCCGCUGGGAGCCGCGGCUUCCAGCUGGUGGUGGAUGGGGCCAGGCUGGAGCCCACGCCCGAAGCCCUGCACAAGUGCAUGACCUUCCUCGUGAAGAGGAUAAAGGCCGAGCCCGAUUCCUGGCCGUUCCUGACCCCCGUAUCCAAGGAGGAGGUCCCUGACUACUAUGACGUGAUCAAGGAUCCCAUCGACCUAACCACCAUCCAAGAGAGGCUGGCCAGCCGGGCGUUUUACCAGACCCUCGACAUCUUUGCCGCAGAUGUCUUACGCAUGUUUAACAAUGCCAAGAUUUACAACGCUGCCGACACCAUCUUCCACAAGAUCGCCAUGCGGCUCAGCAACGACUUCCAGAGAUGGGUGGUUGGCAGCGUGGUCUGGACGGAUUGA